AAUUGCUUGCCCCGCUCAGAAAUCUAAUAUGUUCGGCCCAAUUUCCACAAAAAUUUAAGAGAUGGAGGACGAUCACCAUCCUGUCCUGUCAUCGGCUCAUCACUUCUCAAUUUUCCAGUUCUCAGUCACCCUCUCCAGCUGAGGUUACCAUCAAUCUCUCUCCCUCACACGACUUUAAAGUGAGCUCCAUAAAAUUUUGAUCCUGGAUCGGAAUCCAGAGGUCAAGCCCAACUCCGAUCUUCCUCUGCUCUCAGCUCUAAUAAGGGGAGACAGGAGACUGACUCAAUGGUGCUUACCAAUUUUGACGGCGUCGGCGUUGGAUUUGGGUUUGGAGUUGGUUGUGGCUUCGGCGUUGGAUGGGGUUUUGGCGGCAUGCCAAUGAAUAUCUUCGGCCUUGGUGCAGGGGGAGGAUGUGGAGUUGGUCUAGGAUUCGGAUGGGGCUUUGGGAGUGCCUUUGGUAGUCACUACAGAUCAUCCAGACUCACUUUCCAUGGCGUCGAAUUCGGUAACAAAGAUGUACCAAGCAAUAGCAGCAGCAGCAGCAAGUCCACCAACAGCAAGACUCAUGCUAAUACCCCAAGCAGCAAGCAACUUCAGAAGCACGUUUCAAGUUAGAGCCUACCAAUAGCUUCUUCAGAUUGUGCUGUAACCCCUAGUUCCAAGUUAUUGAGUGUUAGCUGGAGUUAGUGCAAGUGUUCAUAUGUUAUCAGUAAGCAGACUUGUAGUUGUAGAGAGCCACAUAUUCCUGAUGUUCACUACACUUUGACAUCUCAAUGAAUUGGAAGCCACAUUGUUUGUGAAUCACUAUUAUCAAUCAAUCCCCAACAUCAAAUAAACAAAUAGAUGAAAUGUUUUUACAACAGAACUGACUUAUUUAGAAACCAGGGAUCAAGAGAAGGAAACAGAAAAGAAAAUCUCCAAGCUUUCACAGUUAUCAAACAGAAUACAACAACAAACAAUACUACAUUCCAAACUCACGCAAAACCAUCACAAGCAGCUGCAAUUUGGUUCAGGGCACAAUCUUGAAACCCUUCACCCUAUCAAUCCAGGAAAUGAACGAGCUCUUUGAAUUCCGGAACCCCAAGAACCCAUGCUCCUUGCUCUUGUUCAUGCUCGAAAGAACAGCCUCCCCACCAAACAACAAAUCCACAAACCACCAAGUCGCAACUUCCUCCAACCUCGUCGGCUCGAGCUGAUUCUGCUUCACUAUCUCUUCCCAAACCGGUCCCUUGUCCUUCAUCAUUUCCACCAAGCUCACUCUCUUCUCUGCAUCCUCUUCAAACCCAUAAUUCUCUAUCCCAAACUGCUCUGCCAACACCUUCCACAAAUGCUUCCACUUGAAUACAUCCCCGUUCAUUGUAUUAAACGCCUCGUUCUUCGCAUAAGGAUCCACCGCCGCCCAUAUAUGAUGCUCGGCGAUCAGGUCAGCGUCCGACGAGUUUGCGUAACAGUUCCAGGCAGCUUUCGUCCCGGGAAAAAUCAGAGGCAAACCCUCGUGCUUACAUAUGGCAGCGUAGACGCAGAGUGUCCCAAUCAUGUUCAUCAUGCUGUAGGGAGAAAACCCCCAAAUUUGAUCUGGCCGGUGUACGGACCAUGAUAACCCUUCCCUUUUACCGGCUUCUUCAUAGAGGAUAUCUUCCAAUGUGUAGUAGAAAUUGGGGGAGUUCAACCUCGGGAGAUCUUCUGUGAAGGGAGGAUCGUGGGGUUGGAUUUUGCCAAAGGAGUCAAAGGGUCCGACGUAGUGUUUUGUGCCAGUCUGAAGGCAAAUAUGCUGGAGAUUCGGGGCGUUCGGGACUACGGCGGCGAGGAGGUUCCUGAACAUUCUGCCAUUGAUCUCGCAGUUCUCGGCCUCGGUGGGGCAGCUUGCCCACGUGACGUAGAAGAUGUGAGUGACAUCGGCGAGGGCGGAGAGCUUAGAUUCGGCGUCGGCGGCGUUGGAGAUGUCGCACUGGACGUAUUCGAUGGGGUGGUCGGAGUUCCAAUUGGGGCGAGGGCGGCGAGCUACGCCGUAGACCUUCCAUGGGCCGCCGGGAGUGUCGGCGAGCGGGAGGAUCUCGGCUAAGCUGUUGCCCACGAUUCCGGUGACGCCCACUACUAGGGCCACGCUCUGGUAGUUUCGCUGCGGCUCUUCUUCAUCGAGCUUCUUCUGCAGCGGCUCCAAUGGCGCCAGCCCACCACCAGCUCAUUGUUUCUGAUUGGGGAAGCGGAAAGAAGGGAAUU